AUGAAGUUAUAUGUAAUAUUAUUUACAGUUAUUGUUUUGAUUGAUUUAUCUACAUCUAAUGAAGAACUUCUUGCACGUAGAUCUCUUCAAGAUUAUGUUGAUAGUUUUAUUGAUGCUGCUAAAUUUAAAUUUCAAGGAAUAUUAAGUCUUAAUGAUUCAUCUAUUCGUCAAAUUUGGUCUUUUUUUAAAGCAAAAUAUCACCGUCUUUAUUCAUCAAAUGAAGAAGAAAAAGCACGUCUUCAUAUAUUUCGUGAUCAUCUUAAAUAUGUAUUAGAAUCAAAUCUUCAAAAAUUACGUACAUUUCAAUUAGAAUUAAAUGAAUUCUCUGAUUGGACAUUAGCAGAAUUUAAUGCAUUAAAAAAAGGUUUAAAUGUUCAAGCUAAUUUACGACGAGAUAUCAUAAUGGAUGAUGAACCAAAUGAAAAUGCAUUACAACGUAGUUUAGAAAAACUUUAUCAACGUCAUUAUCAUGUAAGAAGAUUAAAACGAAAUUUACAAAACCGUCAACAUAAAGAUAGACGAUUUUGGCGUGAUUGGUUUGAUAAAUUUUUUAAUAAAAAUAAUACUAAUCCUGGUCAACAAACAAAUGUAUUUGAUUGGCGUGAAAAAAAUCUUGUUAGUAGUAUUAAAAAUCAAGGUGAUUGUGGAGCUUGUUAUGCAUUUGCUACGGCUGCUGUUAUGGAAACACUUUAUGCACUUAAAAUAAAAUCAGAAAAAGUAAUUGAUUUUAGUGCACAACAAAUAACUGAUUGUUCAAGUAAUGGAAAUAAUGGUUGUAGUGGUGGUCACUUUCCACCAAGUGUUCGUUAUUUAUCAGGAAAAGGUGGUAAAAUAGCAACAGAUGCUUCUUAUCCAUAUGUAGAAAAAAAACAAUCAUGUCGAACAAGUGGUAUUAAUGAAAUUGAUCUUGGUAAAGUUGAAUAUAUAUCAAUACCUUUAGGUGAUGAAAAAAAAAUGGCUGAAGUACUUGUUAAUAAUGGACCAAUAUUUAUUGGUAUUGAUGCUGAUUCUAAACUUUUUAUGUUUUAUAAAAAUGGUAUACUUACAAUAGAUAAUUGUCCAAAACGUGCACAAGAUAUGGAUCAUGCUAUGACUAUUGUAGGUUAUGGUUAUGAUGAUGCAUUAAAACUACCUUAUUGGAUAAUUAAAAAUUCUUGGGGAGUAAAAUGGGGUGAAAAUGGUUAUUUACGUUUAGUUAAAGAUGCUAACAAUAUGUGUGGUGUUGCUACAAUGGCAUAUUAUGGUAAAUUAACAUAA